GCAAUCCCUAAACGGAUCUAGUGACCAACUGAUCCCACAGGCAGUGCAGUUAACUAUACUCCAUUCCAUAAACACGAAAACGCGUUAAUACUCUCAUCAAAGUGACACAAAAAACCAGUGUUGAAAAAGCGCGAUCUUCAACUCCAAUAAUAUUCUGGAAUGGCAUGGCCUUCAAUUUUUCCUGUUUCAACACCAUUGUAACUUCACUGAUUCUCAUCAUCACUAUCCUUUUUUUCUUCAUAGUCAUCCCACUUCCCCAAUAUUCCCCAAAUCCAAUUCUCAAAUCUCCACACAGGUCCAUUCUUGAAGAAAAAUCCAAUCUUUUUGUGUGCUUGCCUAGCAAUAUCACUGACUCUAAUGGAAUCUUUAACUACUUUUCCAUACACUAUUGUCUCUUCCAAGAAAACCCAUUUUUCUCCAUCCCCUUUUUUGCCUUAUGUGUGUUUCUACAAUUCUAUAUCCUCAUCAAGACUGCCCAAGAUUACUUUUCUGUUGUGGUUACUAAGCUUUCUACACAUCUUAGGUUGUCACCUUCAAUGGGUGCAGUGACCCUUUUGGCUUUAGGUAAUGGUGCACCUGAUGUUUUUGCAUCUGUGGCUGCAGUUAGGGGAGGUCAAGCAAGGACUGGUUUUGGUGCUAUUCUUUCAGCAGGGACAUUUGUUUCUGCUUUUGUGGUUGGAUUUGUGGCGAUUUACGCGGCGCCUUUUGCUGUUGAUCCUGCUCCUUUUGUGAGGGAUGUGAUGUUUUAUUUGACUGCUGCCUUGUUUCUUUUUUAUGUCUACUUAAGUGCUGAGAUUUUCCUCUGGCAAGCUAUUGGUUUCGUCGCGUUUUAUCUCUUUUUCGUUGGAUUUGUGUUUUGGAUGGACUUGGGGAUGGGUGGUGUGAAAGAUAAGGGUGGUAAGUUUGGAGGUGAGGUGAGUUUGGUUAGAAGUGAUGAAGUUCAUAUAGGGAUUGUUGAGUUGGAUUCCGAAAAAGGCAAAGUUUUGGGUACUGUGGAAAAUGGAAAGAAGCAAACUACAGGUUCCUGGCAAGUAUUUGGAAAGGUCUCACUAAUCUGGGAAACUCCUGUUUCAAUGGUCCUUAGGCUCACUAUACCACAGACUGCACCUUCUGAAUGGAGUAGAUUCUAUCUAUCUGCCAACAUUGCUCUUUGCCCCCUCCUACUUCUGUUUUCCUGCAAAUCUUUCGUGCCACUAAAUCAUCCAAUCUCUUUCCUAAUCUCAGACACCCAUUUUCCUCUUUGGUUCAUUGUACUUUGUGCUAGUUGUACUUUGGCUAUUCUUCAUUACAUUGUUGAAAAGGAGGCCCCUAAAACUGAGCAAAUGCCUGCAGUUGUUAUAGCAUUUGUGAUGAGUGUAUUUUGGAUCUCCACAGUUGCUGGGGAACUCCUCAACUGUCUUGCAGUUCUAGGAGUGCUCCUAAAGCUGCCUGCUGCCUUUCUUGGUUUAACGGUGCUUGCAUGGGGAAACUCAGUUGGUGAUCUUGUUGCUGACGUGGCUGUUGCAAGGGCUGGCCAGCCGGCCAUGGCCAUGGCUGGAUGUUUUGCUGGGCCGAUGUUCAACAUGCUUUUCGGGCUUGGAACUGCUUUGGUUAUGCAGACAGCAAAUGUAUAUCCGAAAGCUUAUGAGCUUCAUCUCCACGUCAGUAUCGUGGUUGCUUUUAUUUUCUUGCUAUUGAGCUUGAUGGGAUCUCUGCUGUUAGUGACUUGGAAUAGAUUCCGGGUCCCAAGAUUCUGGGGAUUCUGCCUAGUAGCACUUUACGUUGUUUUUAUGGUAAUAAGCCUGGUCAUUGCCAAGUUCUCUGCCUGAGUUUUGGAGAGACAGAAGUGUUGAAGAGACGCCACAUGUAACACGUUGAGCAAGAACAGUCGAUUGUCCGGAACUUGUGGAAGCAGCUAAACUCUUGAAGAUGAAGCAGCUGGCAGUUAUUAGCAGUGCUACGACAAAAUUUGGGAAAUGGAACAUUCAUUCACAAAACCAACCAGUUGGAGAUGCUAUUGAUUCCCAUGCAACUAUGCAAGAAUAUAGCAAUUCAUUUUUUUUCAGUUCAUUGUUGAGCGAGUACAGUAAGUUGGAACGCAUUAGGAUACAUACUCGUGUAUCCAAUAGAAAAUUUCUGGUGAAGUUUCAUGUAAGCCAGUUUUUUCUUGUGAAAUUGAAUAGAAUUCUAGAGAAAAAUGUUUAGCGAGGACAGAAUGAACUUUUAGUCUCUUGCACUUCUCAUAAAUAAGUACUUCAUCCACGGGAUGUUUACCCCUUUA